AUGACCAUGGUGAAGUCGUUGGUUGCGCUGGCCACCGAGCGGAUGCUCCUGAAGACGUCGGGGCCGACGUUCCUCCGCGGCAUCGAGUUCAUGUACGCGGCAGGACUGGCGCCCGAACGGCUCUCUGUGAUGAUGACACAGUCGCAGAAGUACGUCCUGCAGUUCCACUCCAAGUGCGACGUCCGUCCCUUCGCCGCCAACUACCCGAACUUUGCGCGGGUCCUGCGGGGCAUCGUCCACGUCCGCGCCUGGCGAAUCAAGUCCAUCGAGUUCGUCAACGUCGCCUUCGACAUGCGCGACGUCGAGAACCUGGAGAGGGCCAUCGACAAACUCGGCGUCGAGCUCGUCCUCCUCCGCAACUGCUCCUACCCCGGCGUCGCCCGCGGAGACGAAGCCGUCAAGUUCCUCGCCGCCCUUAACCGCAAGAAGCAGGCCGUCGUCUGCGAAUACGGAGAUGAUCGUCUGAAACAUCGGAUCACCAGAAGAGUGCCCCUCCCGAGGCAACGAAGGCCCACGCGGAUGCUCGCCGACCUGGCUCAUCUGAACGCCGAAGACCGAGAGCCGCCCGCGGCAGCCGAACCUCCCCAACCGAAUGCCCCGGCCGCCCUACCCAGAGUCGCCCAACCUCUGCGGCCGCUGAUGCAGGCCCUCGCCAACGUCGAUCACGGCGACGUCCAGGCCCUGCAGAACGUCAUCCAACUCGUCAAUGCACAAGUUGAAUAUGUGAGUUUGGAGAUUGAUUUCCGUCGAAGUUCGUUAAGAAAAUGGUUUAUUAGCAAUCAUCAGUAAGCUUUGAGGUUUAACCCGAAGCUUUCAAUCCCAUUUGAUCAUAAUUUUCAGUACAUUGGCUUAAAAGAACUCGAUGAAAAGGGUCACAUGAUUGCAAGGAUUAUUACUUAUCGCUUAGAGGUGUGAAAAUAGGAGGAUUGGAUUAGUACACCUUUUACACUUACUCGAUUUUUUUUCGAGAGAAAUCGGAAAUCUGGAAACCGAGAUGAAAGAUCAGCAAAACUUUCGUUACGGUUUUUUACUUUUUAUGCUUACUAGGGAACGUUUUUUACCCCUCGCAGAUAAAAAAAAAAUUUCUCGCAAUAGAUCUCGUUUUCGAGUUAGGACACUUCAAAAGCCCAAAAUAGCGCUUUUUUGGCCUAAUUUGCGUAUUUCGCGGUCUUCGAAGCUCCAUAACUCGGAAACAAGAUCUAUUGCGAGAAAUUUUUUUUUAUCUGCGAUCAGGGGCUCCUAAAGUACACUUCAGCAAAGUUUCAGCAAAAGUUCAACCGGGGGGUAAAAAACGUUCCCUGGUUAGAAUUGAUGAAUUUUUACUUGGAGAAGAAUUUUAUCCCGGAAGUAAGUUAAAUUUUUUUGAGUAUUAUGCUUUUAUUUAGUGUUUCAACGCUUUAGAGUGUAAUCUACCUUUGAAAUUAAGAAAAAUAAGUUUUUUUUUUGGCGUCUUUGUGGAGCUGUAGAUUUAUUGAAAAGGAAAAAAGUGGGAAACAAUUCAAAUUUUUUUUUGGUGGAGUGCACGCCCCACAGGGAAAUCAAUAUACUUUUUGGUUGGGAAUGGUUUAAAAUUUGGCCAGAUUUUACUUUAAAGGAUCAGAUGGAAAUACUGAAAGUCUUAAGCUUCCUUGUCAGAUCGAAUUUUCAAAAUUUGGACUAUUUAAAAAUCACAAGCAAAUUUCAAGCAACAUCAAAUUAAGAAGAAAAAACUCAUUAAUUCCUGAAAAGGGGCUAAAAAAUUUUUUAUAAACUUCUUUUUUUUUCUCGUUUUUUAAGCUUUUCAACAGUCCUCCUUUCAUGUAAAUUCUACUUUUCAACACUUUUUUUUUAUCUUCUUAAGGAUUUUUUUGAUAAAAAAAAGUUAGUUCUACGACAAAAGCACGUUUUCUAUUUUGAUUUUUUUAGUGUUAAUGACAUUAAUGAAAUGACUUUUUAACGACAGAAAAACAGUUGCAAAGCAUUAGGGAUUUAUCCUGACUUAUCAAAAAAAUUAAAAAAAUUAAAACACAGAAAAGCUGUUUAGAAACGACGAACUCUUAUCGUAACUCCAAAAAGUCUUGAAAAGGCUCUAGGAAGGUCUUUUCUUAUGUCUUGUUCGCCGGACAACUUCAAAAAAAUGAGUACUGUUUUGAAGCAAAUUCCCCCGAUAAGAAUUUUUCCUUUCGAAGCAUGUUCCGUUUCUCCCAUAAACAUGCCAUAAAAAGGUCCUUUCUAGGUUAUUUUCAUCAAGUUGGCUUCAGUAAAUAGGGGCAUUCCUUUGAAAAGCCAUUCCCAGAUGCAACGAAUGGUGGCGAUGCACAACGGCGUCCGACCGGCCGGACUCCGACGAAGACUGGCGAAUCCGUUGGCGGCGGCGUUGGCCGGCGUGGCCGCCGGACGGUUGGCCCGGGCCCGACAGCAACUACUGAACGACCCGUUAGUGGACGAUUUGCUGCAAGAAAGACGACUCAAUCCGCCGGGCGUCGUCAUCGAACCUCCCUUGCCGAUCCCGCGGGAGGAAGGCGAAGCCCAAGAUCGCGACGAGGUUCGUCCUUCUAUAGCCCAUUCCUCGCCAGCUUUUCACGUUUUUCUUUCCGCCGGAAAUACCAAAUAAGAUCGAAACUGACGGCUCACUUUUUCUCCGUAAACUACCGUGUGUCGUGUGCAUGCACUGCGCCGCUUUCACGCAGAAAAAUUGUGUGUAUAUGGAGAAAUUUCGAUUCGUCUUAAAGACCUCUGGCAAUACGGCGGCCUGCGUCUUUAAUAUGCCAUGUUAUUUUUUCUCUUUGAGCCAAGCAAAAGGUUUUUUGAGACGAAAAAAUUUUCAAAAAAAAAAAUUCGAGAUGAGACAGAUGGUGUCCCGAGACGAAUUUGAGUUAUUCCGUUCACGAAAAGUGCAUUUCAAAAGAAAAACACAUCAAAACGGCCAGAAAUCGGAAAUUAUGAAAAAUCUUUAUUGAAAGCGAAAAUCUAAAUUUGCGCGUGAAUUUAAUUGUUUUUGGUGCGUUACGUCACGACCGGAAAGUCAUAUGUUACGCCUUUUUUUUCAAAUUUUCUGUGUACAAAGUUCAGUUGUUCUCUCGAAUUUUCUUGAGACGAGAUCAGAUUUAUUUCUGCAACUGGAGACGGAAUUGUUCUGAGAAAAAGUCUCGUGCGUCCCUAAUUUGUGCAAUUGUUACUAGGAACCUUUCUUGUACCGCCCAGACCUUUUCCUAGUCAGAAUCGAUGUCCCAACUGAGGAACGGUUUCAGGAAGACGAUGACACGGAAGAAGAGAUGGACUACGAAGAAGCGCCACCAGCGGAAUUGGCCGAUGAGCCGGCGGCGGAGGCUCAGAAUGCACAGAACGAGGAGCCCGUGGAGGAAGAGCCACUGGGACUGGACGCGGACGCGGUCGCCGUCCAGGGUCAGAGCGAAGAGUUCGAAGCCGUCAACUUGCCCUGA